UUUCUACUGUUCCACUUCACCGACCUCUCUCUGUCUCUCUCGAUGUGCUUCAAAGAAAAGCUUCCUUCUCUCCAUGACAUAUAUCUCUCCACUUUUUAGUUUCUAAGUCAGUAACAGCAUAAAACGGAACCCGAUACAUGAAGGAUUCGGAUUCGUUUCGGGGCAUCGGAAUCGGAUUCGGAGCAUCUUUCAUUUGGUCAUUGAAAUGAGGAUUCAGUUCUUGGUGUCAGUCUUAGUCUUUUAGGGUUUUCCGUUAUGGCUAUCAGAGGCGUCGAUUUCAAGUGGUACGAUGGAUUCUUCUUGUCCAUGUUGGCUACAAGUGUAAUCAUUGUUGCAAUCAAUUGGAAACGAUAUCAUCUUUGUAAAUACCCGUUGCACAUAUGGAUCGUGGUUGACUAUACAUCUGUUUUUAUUUUUCGGCUAUUGAUGUUCAUAGAUAAUGGACUUGCUGCUGGAAUGGGUUUGGAUUUUGGGUGGCAGCAGAGGUAUGCCCGUUUUUGUGGAAGAAUAAUUGUCCUUUCAAUCCUGUCUUUGCUACUCUAUCCAUUUCUUUGGGCUUGGACUAUAAUCGGUACGCUUUGGUUCACAAGGGCAAGAAAUUGUUUGCCAGAAGAAGGUCAGAAAUGGGGUUUUCUCAUUUGGUUGCUUUUCAGCUAUUGUGGACUCCUCUGUAUUGCUUGCAUGUCCGUGGGAAAGUGGCUAACAAGAAGACAAGCACAUCUUUUACGUGCGCAGCAGGGAAUUCCUAUUUCAGAAUAUGGGGUUUUGGUCGACAUGAUCCGGGUCCCAGAUUGGGCAUUUGAAGCUGCUGCAGGUCAAGAAAUGAGAGGCAUAGGUCAAGAUACUGCAGCAUACCAUCCUGGACUUUAUUUGACUCCUACUCAGAGAGAAGCAGUGGAGGCACUUAUUCAGGAACUUCCAAAGUUCAGGCUAAAGGCUGUUCCUACUGAUUGCAGUGAAUGCCCCAUCUGCCUAGAGGAGUUCCAUGUAGGGAAUGAGGUCCGUGGCCUGCCUUGUGCACAUAAUUUCCAUGUAGAAUGCAUUGACGAGUGGCUUCGACUGAAUGUGAAAUGUCCACGGUGCCGUUGCUCAGUUUUCCCGAACCUUGACCUUAGUGCCUUAUCCAAUCUUCGUUCCGAUCCUGAACGGCCUUCUGCAACUGUUGUAACAACCACCCGAUAUGUGCAAACUCAACCUUCCAGCCAGAGAUAUCUGUUGAGAUUGCAGGGUCUGCUCCGGCACGUUCGUACUGAGAAUGCAGGGGCCUCCAGUGAGUUAGAUGUCGAUCUGGAAGCUGUUGAACAUGGACAUGCAAUGGCAGCAACUGGAGAAGCAACAGGUGUGGAACCAGUUUCUUCUAUUGGUAACAACCUGGUUGGUCAGUCCUCUCCUCCUCAACACUAGUCUCUUUAACCAAUUUCUAACCUUGUGCGGAGAAAAGCCAAAGAAUAUUCGCUAACGGCCAUUGCUUGGUGUUUUUGUUCUCACUGUAAUGAUAAAGGUAACUCAUUCAUCUAAAGCCAUCUGAACUAAAAAAUCAGUAAUCAUAUUUUGUUUUUGUUUCUUCCUUUUUUUUUUUUUUUUUGUAAUCUAGCCAACUGAGGGAAAAUCCACAUCAUGGUUGUCCAUGGACACCUGCUUAAUUGUAGUAUUGAUUUCACACUUCUAUUGGGGAAAAAAAAAGAAUCAUUUUCUAUCA